AAAGGGUUUCUUUUAAAAACGGAAAAUAACAUGGAUAUAAUUUCCACCCAAGAUCAAGCGGUUUCCACAGAUUUACCGGCAAAACAUAAACCCAAGGAUGAAAAGAAUAUAGAGCAUUUAGAGAGAUCAACAUCGACAACGCGUGGAGAAAAAAAGAAGUCGGAAGGCAAAAAGUUAAAAAAGAAAUUGAUACAAAUCGAAGAACAGAAUGAAUCGUUGUCCAAAAUGAUAAGUGAAAAGAAUUCGGAAAUAGAGGAACUGCGAAAAUCGGUAAAUUCUUUAAAUGAUGUUCUCAAUUCAGUGCCCAUAGAUGAGUUACGUUGCAAUUCAUCUAUUGCCAGUAACAGGCUGUUGGAAUUGAGUAAGAAAAAUCGUCAGUUGAGAGCGGAAUUGGAAACAACAAAGAAUCGUUUGAAUCGCAAGGAAUGGCAAGUACAAAAACUAGAAAAGGAUUUAAAAGUGGCCGAAGAAAAACACAAUCAAAAUGUUGAUUCAAAUAUGAAGAACUCUUCUCCCGGCAAUGAAUUACAAUCAAAAUUGGUUGCUAUGCAACAAAAACUCUUUGAAACCCGCAACAAAAAUAUCGAAUUGACCAACCAGUUAAAGUUAGCCCAAAAAUGUUUGCAACAAGAAACUGGGGAAAAUUUCAAUCUCAACCUUCUGGCAUCCCACUCUACCACAUCUCAGUGGCGUGGUCGGGCCCAGCAAAUAAUAAAUCUCCAACAAAAAGUUCAAGAACUAAAGGAACGUCUUGAGAGUUAUGAGCAACAACAAGCUAAUGGAUACUUUGUUAACUCUCCUGACAUUACGGGUAUGGUACCCAAUGAUGUAUUUCUCAAGAGUGGAGAAAGCAUGCCCUCUAUAUAUCGCCCCAAUGUUCGUCGUAGUGAAUUAGAACAUCGCAACAGAGUCGAGGGCCUAGAAAAAGAAAUCGCCGCUCUGCAAACUCAAUUGGAGGAGGGACAAAAUAAAAUCCUGGCCCUUAAGGUACGCAAUAAAACGUUAAAUGAUGAAAUUUCCCGUUACAAGUUAAAAGCGAAUAACUUGGAGCAACAGAGCGAUUAUAACAACAUUAAUGUGGCCACUAUGAGCGACAAUAUGAAUCAACUGAAACUUGAGUAUGAGCAAAGACUUGCAGAUAUGGCAAGUGAAAUGAAAGAUUUGACAAAGAAAAAUGAAGAAUUGGCACAUUUGGAGGGAAAUCUAAGAGAUACAUUAGAUGAAAGGGAGGCUUCUCUAGCUAGUAAAGAUGAAGAAAUUUCGGAGUUGAAAACGGUCAUUAAGAAAUUGGAAGAUGAUAUGAAAGCAUUGUGUGGAGAUUUUUUAUUUUCAUGUCGAGAAUUUAGAAAAGAAGAAUUUGUGACUAUUUUGGACUCUUUGGAGUCCGAGAAAAACUCCCUGAUGGAACACAUCAAAACUCUUAAUGAGCGCAUUGACAAGGAGCGCAUUAAAAACGAGAAUCUUCUAGAGCAAGUGGGUAAACAAAGAAUUCGUAUAUCACGCCUGGAAGCUAAAGUUCGUGAAAUGGAACGUGAAAUCGAGAUGAGUAAUGAGAAAAAGAAACGAUCUCAGCGUAUAGCUGAAUAUGCUUCCAGUCUAUCGGCAGUGGGAAGCAGCACAUCGCUAAAGUCAUUUAUUUUUGAAAACACCAGCAUGGCAAAAGCUUCUUCAGCCGCCAUUCAUCUUCCAAAUGAUGAUAAUACCAAUGUAGUCGAAUUGAGAAAUCGCUUGGAAUUGGAUACUGAAAAAAUCACUAUCCUUCAGGAGAAGCUUGAGUAUUUGACAAUGGAAAAAGAAAACGACUUGAAGGCUUUUGAAGAAAUUGUAAACAACACCAAGAAUGUAAUAUUAGAAACCAUAAUGGCACAAAGGAAUAGUUUUACUAGCAUGUAGACUAAAUGGGCAACUGAAUGCCAUUUUUAUCAUUUCAUGAACACAUAAUGAAACAUAUUUUAGAUAUUUCUAAUUGAAGACAAUAUUUGAGUAAUGCUUUUAAAUUUAAUAUGUACCUAAAAAUUUGUUUAGAAAUUUUUAUGAAAA